AGAGAGAGCAGUCAGAGUUGAGAUGAAUCGGAUUCCGAUAAACAAACCAAAAGGAAGGAAGGAAGGAGGCUACAAAUUGGGCCCGCCCAGCGCGCAUGCUGCAGGCAUCAUAUCGGUCACUCCAUUUCUAGCAGGAAACUAGGAGUGAGCAGGGAUCAAUGGUGAACCGCGCGCACUUCGUCAUCCUUGUCCUCGCCUACCGCCUCCUGGUAUCCCUCUCAGCUGAAGCACAGCACACCAAAGAGUCGUAUGUCGUCUACAUGGGGAGUCCUUCCGCUUCCUCGGGAGCCGGCGACGUGGAGGCGGUGCGCGCCGCCCACCUUGAGAUGCUGUCGUCCGUCGUGGCGAGCGGCGAGCAGGAGCCAUGGCCAUCCACGCCGUCGCUGACGCAUAGCUACCACCACGCGUUCGAGGGCUUCGCCGCCGAGCUCACCGAGGAGGAGGCCGCCGCGCUGUCCGACCACGAGAGGGUGGUGUCCGUGUUCCGGGACCGCGCUCUGCAGCUGCACACCACGCGCUCGUGGGACUUCCUCGACACGCAGUCCGGCCUCCGCACCGACCGCCUCGGCCGCCGUGCCUCCGGCGAUGUCAUCAUCGGCGUCAUCGACACCGGUGUCUGGCCGGAGUCGCAGAGCUUCAACGACGCCGGGAUGGGGGACGUGCCGGCGAGGUGGCGAGGCCUGUGCAUGGAAGGCCCGGACUUCAAGAAGAGCAACUGCAACAAGAAGCUCAUCGGGGCUCGGUACUACGGCAUCCAGCCCGGCUCGGCGGCGCCCACGUCGUCUAACGCCUCCCUUGGCGCGGUAACGGCCGCGAUGACCGGCUCGCCGCGAGACACCGUCGGUCACGGCACGCACUGCGCGUCGACGGCCGCGGGCACGGUCGUGGCGGACGCGGACUACUACGGCCUGGCCCGGGGCGCGGCCAAGGGCGGCGCGCCCGCGAGCCGCGUGGCCACGUACAAGGUGUGCACCAUGGGCGGGUGCUCUAGCUCUGCAUUGCUCAAGGCCAUCGACGACGCGGUGAGCGAUGGCGUGGACGUGAUCUCCAUCUCCAUCGGCAUGAGCUCCGCCUUCGCGUCCGACUUCCUCAGCGACCCCAUCGCGCUGGGCGCGUUCCACGCGCACCAGAGGGGCGUCCUGGUGGUCUGCUCCGGCGGCAACGACGGCCCUAAUCCCUACACGGUCGUCAACUCCGCUCCGUGGAUCCUCACCGUCGCCGCUUCCAGCAUCGACCGCACCUUCCAGUCCAGCGUCGUCCUCGGCAACGGGAACGUCGUCAAGGGAGUCGCCAUCAACUUCUCCAACCAAAGCCUCAGCGGAGACCGGUUCCCUCUGGUGUCCGGAGCACAAGCGGCAGGCCGGUACACGCCGGUGUCCGAGGCAAGCAACUGUUAUCCGGGAUCGUUGGACGUGCAGAAGGUAGCCGGAAAGAUCGUAGUGUGUGUGGGCACGAACUCGAUGGUGUCGCGGCGGGUGAAGAAGCUGGUGGCGGAGGGGUCCGGGGCGAGUGGGCUGGUGUUGAUCGACGACACGGAGAAGGACGUGCCGUUCGAUGCCGGCAGCUUCGCCUUCUCCCAGGUGGGCGCCGACUUGGGCGCGCGGAUCCUCGACUACAUCAACUCCACCAAGAAUCCGACGGCCGUGAUCCUCCCGACCGAGGACGUGAAGCUGUUCAAGCCCGCGCCCAUGGUGGCGUCCUUCUCAGCGCGCGGCCCUGGUGGUCUCACCGAAUCCAUCCUCAAGCCUGAUCUAAUGGCGCCCGGGGUCACCAUCCUCGCCGCCGCGAUGCCGUCCACAGACAAGGCGGACGUCCCCGACGGCAACAAGGCCUCGGCAUUCGCCAUCAAGUCCGGCACUUCCAUGGCCUGCCCGCACGUCGCAGGCGCCGGCGCCUUCGUCAAGUCGGCCCACCCGGGCUGGUCCCCGUCCAUGAUCAGAUCAGCUCUCAUGACCACAGCGACGACGAGAAACAACCUCGGGCAGCCGGUUGCGAGCAACACCGGCGCGGUGGCGACCGGACACGACAUGGGCGCCGGCGAGAUCAGCCCGCUGCGGGCGCUCAGCCCGGGCCUGGUGUUCGACACCACCGCAAAGGACUACCUCAACUUCCUCUGCUACUACGGCUACAAGGCCAAGCUCGUUCGCAUGGUCUCCGGCGACGCCGGGUUCGCCUGCCCGCGUGGCACGCCCUCGCCGGAUCUCAUCGCCACGGGCAUCAACUACCCGUCCAUCUCCGUGCCGAGGCUCGCGGCCGGGAAGGCGGUCACCGUGUCGCGCACCGCCAUGAACGUGGGCCCCCCCAACGCCACGUACACGGCGACCGUCGAGGCACCGGCGGGCCUGUCUUUGAAGGUGUUGCCCGAGCGGCUGGUGUUCUCGAGGCGGUGGACGACGGCGGCGUACGAGGUGAGUUUUGCGAGCGCUCGGGCCAGCAAGGGGUACGCUUACGGCGCCGUCACCUGGUCAGAUGGCGCGCACUCGGUCCGGACGCAUUUCGCGGUUAAUGUCGUGUGAUUGUUUUUUUUUCUUUUUUGCGGGGAUACUGUGUUUGCCUCUUCCUUUUCUUUUGUGUCUACUGGAACUUUUUCAGGGUACUGAUUUUUUUUUUGAAAUUCAGUCACAUCUUUA